AGCGAGCAGCCGCGGGGAGGGGAGCGGAGCGGUCGGCGGCGGCGGGGAGCAGAGCGGCGGCGGCGGCCGGGCCCGCAGCGGCAGCGCCAUGGCCACCAAGGCUCGUGUUAUGUAUGAUUUUGCUGCUGAGCCUGGAAACAACGAGCUGACCGUCAGUGAGGGGGAGAUCAUCAUAAUUACCAACCCGGAUGUUGGUGGAGGCUGGUUAGAAGGAAAAAACAGUCAAGGAGAGAGGGGACUUGUUCCAACAGAUUAUGUUGAAAUUAUAAAUGAAGGUGCAAAAGAUGGAAUUACUUGUGGUAACUCAUUAGCUGACCAAGCCUUUUUUGAUUCCCUCUCUUCAAAUACAGCUCAGACCAACUCAGCUGCUAAGAGCAACAGUCAGGUAAACAAUGCCAAUGAUCCUUGGUCAAGCUGGAACGCUGGGAAGUCUGGGAACUGGGAUAAUGGAAACGCUGGUGAUAGCUGGGUAACAAAACCUGAAAGCACAGCUGGGCAGAGAAACAGUGCUUCAAAUAACUGGGAAGCAGCAGCGGCAUUUGGUCAUCCACAGGCAUAUCAAGGACCAGCAGCUGCUGAUGACGAUGAUUGGGAUGAUGACUGGGAUGACCCAAAAUCAACUUCACCAUCUUAUCUCGGUUACAAGGAGACUGAGCCAUCAGAGGCUGGGGGGCCCCAGCGUGCAAACUCUCGUGCAGCUGCUAUGAAGUUACCACUUAACAAAUUUCCUGGAUUUGCAAAACCUGGGAUGGAACAGUAUCUGUUGGCAAAGCAGCUAGCAAAACCCAAAGAAAAGAUUCCCAUAAUAAUUGGUGAUUAUGGCCCAAUGUGGGUUUAUCCUACCUCUACUUUUGACUGUGUCGUGGCAGAUCCCAAAAAAGGUUCCAAAAUGUAUGGUCUCAAGAGCUACAUUGAAUAUCAGCUGACCUGCACUAACACUAAUCGGUCUGUCAACCACAGAUACAAGCACUUUGAUUGGUUAUAUGAGCGUCUCCUGGUUAAAUUUGGAUUAGCCAUUCCAAUCCCAUCUCUUCCAGACAAGCAAGUAACAGGACGCUUUGAAGAAGAAUUUAUCAAAAUGCGUAUGGAGAGGCUGCAAGCUUGGAUGACAAGAAUGUGUCGCCAUCCUGUUGUUUCAGAAAGUGAAGUUUUCCAGCAAUUUCUCAAUUUCCGAGAUGAAAAGGAGUGGAAAACAGGAAAGAGAAAGGCAGAAAAAGAUGAGACUGUAGGAGUUAUGAUCUUUUCUACAAUGGAGCCAGAAGCUCCUGACUUGGACAUGGUCGAAAUAGAACAGAAGUGUGAUGCAGUGGGUAGGUUCACCAAAGCAAUGGAUGAUGGCGUUAAAGAGCUUCUGACAGUGGGACAGGAGCACUGGAAGCGGUGUACAGGGCCACUACCCAAGGAAUACCAGAAGAUAGGAAAAGCAUUGCAGAGCCUGGCACUGGUCUUCAGCACAAGUGGAUACCAAGGAGAAUCUGAUCUCAAUGAAGCAAUAACAGAAGCAGGAAAAACCUAUGAGGAAAUCGCCAGUCUUGUAGCAGAUCAGCCAAAGAAAGAUCUUCACUUUCUGAUGGAAACCAAUCAUGAGUAUAAGGGAUUUCUUGGUUGCUUCCCUGACAUCAUAGGAGCUCAUAAGGGAGCAAUAGAAAAAGUGAAGGAAAGUGACAAAUUAGUUGCGACAAGUAAAAUAACACCACAGGACAAACAGAACAUGGUGAAACGUGUGAGCACCAUGGCUUAUGCACUACAAGCUGAGAUGAAUCACUUCCACAGUAACCGGAUUUAUGACUACAACAGUGUCAUUCGCCUGUAUCUGGAGCAGCAGGCACAGUUCUAUGAAAUGAUUGCACAAAAGCUGAGGCAGGCACUCAGCCGCUUUCCUGUGAUGUAAAGAAUAAGAAAUAGUCAGCGAUGAAGAACAACUCCGAAGUGCUUUUCUGAUCUGGGGGCAAUGCCAAUAAAAACUUGUUAGCCUUUGCCAGCCAAAAAUGAACCAAAAAAUCAGUUGUAAAAAAGAAAAAAGAAAGAAAGAAAGAAAGAAAGAAAUGAUUUAAAGUGUUUACUUUAUCAACCUAAAUCCAUCAGAUAUUUAGGUUCUUUUUAUCUUGAGUGCUCUCCCCUUUGUAUCAUUAUUUAAUAAAAGCAGCUAAAUAAUGCUGUCAGUUGUUGGGAUCCAAAUCAUUAAAUUAUUGUGUUGCCAUGGACUACAUGUAGACUUGCAUCUAUCAGAUGUUCUUUCAAAUACUCUUAAACAACAUCAGAAUUACAUUUUUUUUUUUUAAGAGGGAAAGCAAACAAGCUUGAAAAAUGACUUUUUUUUAAUUUGCAUUAUAUCCAGUUCAGCUCUCUCCUGGCCAUUCAUUAGCCAGGAGGAAUUAUAUUCGUGUAUGUUUCUGGUACAUAUUCAUGAUAAUCUCCUGAAUGAACACUUUUGUUUUAGAAGUUUUGCUUCCCAUAUGCAACCAUGGCCUACUGUUUUCAUUAUGACUUCUGGUAAAUGCUCAUUCAUUUUUCCUUUUCUUCAUAACUAAGUCGUGUGUUCUUGUGGCACAAAGCCUCAGAGCUUGUGUCAGGCUCUUUCUUCCUCGCUAUGCACUGUGUAAAAGACAAAGUACAAACAAGGAAGGAGCCAUUCAGGAAGGUGUGAAAGACGAGUUUUCCAUACCAGCAUUUUGAUCCCCUCAAAUGUUAUGCCAUAAGGCAGUAGUGCUCUUUAGUGCUCUACAGGGUCAACUUCCCUUUUAUGUCUUCAGGAGUUUUGAGUUUUUCAGUGAAGGGGACACUAAGUCACAUCUAACCCAAACUGGUGAAAGUACCAAAAUUUCUACUAAGCUCAGGUCUUCACGUAGCCAUAUGUAGGCUAUUGGCUUGGGUUUACAUUUUAGUUUCUAAUGCAAACUAAAAGGUGACAAAGAUAGUGAAUAAUAUUAUCAGUUAUCACACAAACUCUGUGCUUUGAUUAUCACAUUUUAGUGAGUGCCCAGUGUCAUCUUCCUUAUUAGUGUAAUGCCAUAUGAAGCCUGGGCUUAAAAACAAAAAAAAAAGCCUGUUCAAAAUGGGUACCAACUACAGUAAUUCACUUAAUGCCAUAAGCAAGCAGAAAAGCCAAAAUGCUAUUUUUGCUAAAAUAUGCAUAGAACAUAAACAUUUUAGCAAAAAAAUAAUGCAUUUUACCCACAAGCCAUUCUAAGUAACGGGUACAGUCUGCUGAUGAACAGUUGCCUUAUUCUAUUUUGCAUUGGUGUUACUUGUGUCCCAGAAGAAAAAUCUGGGUCUACCUGAAUAAUCUGAAACCAAAAAAAGACUAAGCCUAAGUCCGGAUGCUUUUCAGUGUCACGGGUUUUGUUCAUGUUUUAUAAGCCUUGUCUUUUUCUUUCCUCCUCCCAAUUUUAGUUGUUUGCUUCCAAAAUUCCAUAGUGUAGUGUUGUUUGAUACAGCCAUUUAAAUAUGUACAAAUUGUAAAGAAUGUGUAUAAAUGUUUUACACCAAAUGUAAGAUCUGUCUGCAUGUAGAAGCAGCUUAUAUAAUAAAUUGUUACAAUAUGUACAGUAAAUUCUGAAAUCAAUUUUUUCAAGCCAGCAUUUUUCAGCAUUUUUAUAUGCACUUUUUGGUAAAGAAAUGUCUUUGUAACAGAUUCUUAAUUUGGGGGAGGGAAGGGAGGUCUUUUUACCAAUGUUUGAAUAGCUCUGUAUGCACUAAAGUUGAAGAUUCUUCACCCUCAAUAGACUGUUUUGGAAUCUGAGUGUAAGCUGUGCAUUUCCAGUGCAAGGAAGCUACGAUCCUAGCAACUAUGUCAGAGAUGCAACACUUUUUGGCAAAAAAGCAAAACUGUUUAAGAACUUCUAGGAAAAUGAAGUUAAACUGAUAAUAAAUAUUUAUGUAUAUCUACAA